AUGAGCGACAAUCAGUGCCCAAGCGUGGGCUCGUCCGUGGACAGCACCCUGUUCAACGUCCUGGCCGCGGGCAGAGACAAAAGUAAAAAGACGCUCGAGGAAAUUAAGGCACUCCAAGAGAGGAACAAAACCCUAAUGAGAAAUGAGCUCAGAGAGUACAGAAUAGUUAACCAGCUUUUUAGUGAGCACAUGAGGUCCGUGCCGGGGCUUCUGUCCACCCUUGGCGAUUCGUCGCAGUUAGGCGGCACAUCACAGGAGGGGGCACAAUCGGUGGGAGAGGAGGGGGAAGACCCCAUAUGCGUGUCUAAUCGGCAUGACCAUAGCCGAGGAGUGAACAACCCAGUCCAUCACCCCAGCACACACCUGGAGGAGAACACACAUACUGCAGAAAACGAAACCACAGAAGAAGGAGCAGCUGCGUGGGCCCCCCCAGAGAAUGAGGGGGGCCAAAUUAGUAAGCCUGAGGAGCCCCCCCAAAAAGGAGACCCAUAUGCGGGACUCCCUUCCAGAAUGAACCUACUCCAACUGAAGCAAAAAAUAGAGCGGCAACGAUUGACUCUAUCAGAUGUGAAAGGCUACCAGACGAAUGCCAUGCUGCUGAGCGAGGUGAAGAAGAUAAGGCAGCUGUCGUUUAGCGGUGGGGUGGUGGUGAAAAGUGGCGAAAUGGGCGAUCAUGAGGGGGGAGGCGGAAUGGGCGAAAAUGAGGGGGGAGGCGAAAUGGGCGAUCUUGAGAGGGGCAACCGAACGGGCGACCAGGACCCCCAUUCGAAAUUGCCCCCAAGGGAGGAGGCAACCACUUGGCGCACCCCAAAUAUAGAAGAGCAAAAUGGCUGCACGAAGGGAGGAGGCAUUAUUGAGCAACUGCUGAUGAGCAGCGACUUCCGUAGCUCUCUGAGUUCGAAGGGGGCGCAGGGCGAGCCGCUGGGCGAGUCGUUCGCCGUGGCGUUGAGUGGUGCUUCUAACAAGCUGAGCAGCCCCGAUCGUGACGUUGAUGAGGAAGCGGAUGGGGUGGGGAAGACGAAACAGUUUCUUUAUUCAACCGGUUCGGUGGGGGAUGUGGCGCCCCCUUCGAGUGGGGAGCUCGGCGCGAGUGAGGUCAGUCAGCGUAGGGAGGCUAGUCCGUGUAGGUCGACCAGCCAAUGUGUUGGAAUAAGCCGGAUAGAUUCUCAGUACUUCACGGGAGAGCCUCUCGGAGGGGGUAACUCCGGGGAGAGCCUCCCAGAUGGGGCGCAUCCACAAAGGGGAAAGGGCGCAAAAGGGUCUUCAAACCACUCCCUAGUGACCAACAGACAUUCAAAAGGUAAUCAAACGGAUCGCCAACCCGUAGAGGUUACAAUCCGAUUGUCCAAAGUAAAAGUUGAGGAGAGAUUUAAAAAGAAGCUGCAGUUUUAUGAUCACUUUUGUCUCUCCAUCUGUGUUCCCACGUCCUAUGAGGGGGGGUCCAACCGAGUGGGGGAAGAAGCACGUAGACGGAGCGUCAGUGCAAAUGACACGACUACAUGUAGAGUGCAACCAAUGGGUGAUGAGUUAGACUUGCCCAUUUUGGAAAGGACACCUAUGGAGGGGGGGGGAAAGGAGUGCAAAUGUGGGAGAAGCGGAAAAUGCGUUAACCACACAAAAGGGAGGAAUGAAGGGAAGACCCGUGGACAGGAUGUCUCCAUCAGGUACGAGACCUUCUUCUUAAAAAGCAAUCAUGUGAAUGGAAAUUUUAUCUCGUUUGGGGAAGAUGUGCAUUAUAAGGUAGAGAGACAACUUCUUGAGAGCGUCGAAAGGGUAGCCAUUUUACUCUGCGCCAGUGAGUAUGAACAGCCAGGAAGGAAAAAAAAAAAAAAAAAAGAAAAAAACUCAUCCAAAUUGUAUACGCUACAACGGAACAGUGUUACCAUCGUCAAGUCGCUCAACCGACCAUUCGUCGUUCCCGAUUGGUAUGAAAUUUUGGCGUACGGUGAAGUUCCUUUUAUACCCAAAGUGGAUGUGGAAGCACCCCUGAGGGAGUUGCGCCUUCCACUGGGGGGUAGUUCCUCCCACGUGGCGAAGCGCCCACUUGUGAUGGUCCACCUGCAGCUUGCCAUGCUGUGCCAGUCCGACGGGGGGGGUAAUUGCCAUCUCCUUAGAAAGGAUAACACAUCAGGGGAGCGUUCCUUGACGGAGCCCGCACGAAGAGAAGGAGUGGAACCGCAAGAGGGUGGAAGUCGUCCUGACGUAAUGGAGCAUGUAACCCCCCCGCAGCGGAUUAUCCAAAGUUGCGAGAGUAACUGUAGCUACUCCACAGGGGGGCACAACUCCCAGGGGGGUUUGACUGAGAAGGGAGAGACCAACCAAGCGGGAGCAUCCCCACAAACGGUAGAACCUCACACCACUCCUAACGCGAACGAUGUGCUGUACAUCUACCUGCACCGGAUGGUGAACCUGUCGAAGAGGCGCUUCGAUGACAUCUUCAUCUGCGUAAGAUUCACCAGGGAGGAAAAAUACGACUGCAGAGGUUUCACCCUGGAGGAGGAAAAAGCAUUCAAUUUUUUGGUAAACUCAAAGAGGAGGCUAACUGAGAUACGGGAGGUGAUCCUGGAGGUGUGGAGGGGUCACCAGCGUGGGGAUUAUAAAGGAGAAACGCGGAGGGACUGCCUCGGAAUUGUGAAUAUCCCCUUGGAAGAUCUCAUCCAAAAGGAACAGGUAAUCUGUUUGGAGAAACAAUUCGAGAUGACCCAUCAGUUUUACGAAAAUGUGAACUUCCUGUUUGGGGUCAUUCUGGUGAGGGGGCAGAAGGACAGACAGGAAAGGGUGCAACAGUUUUGUGAGCACUACAUCGAGAGUUAUUCCAUUGAGGGGAGACAUUCCCUAUCGAAGGGGGGUGCCCGCUCCGAUGAAUCGUUAAGGAGCUCUGUCCUUUCUGGCUUCGCUCCAUCGGGGGGAGAACCUCCCAUCGGGGGGAACUUCGCCCAAUCGGAUAGCCACCCCCCGGGGGAGGCAAGGUCCUCCGUGUCGAUCAGUGAGCAGUACUUUAUCUACGACUCGGAGAGCCUGCACAGUAGGGAGUACUACGUUUACGAGUUGCAGAGGGAGGUGCUGCAGAAGGACGUGCGCAGCGGUGCCCUGAUCGCCAGCGUUGUGGAGAGGGCCGCGGGGGGGGGCCAAACGAGCGACGAUGCAGUAGGUGACGACGAAGGAGGUGAUGAUGAAGGGGGUGACAGUGAAGGAGGUGACGACGAAGGAGGUGAUUAUCAAAAAAUCUGGGAGCAAAGGGGCGAUUAUCAAAGGAUGGGGGAGCAAAUAAGGUCGGGGCAAAAAACUCUGCCGCGGCGAACGAAGAGGAGGGGGGAAGACCCAACCGCCUACCUACGAGUGGAGUUCCUCAAAGAAGAACUGCUUCUGCGAGGAAUGAAGGAGGAGACAGUCCACCUGAUGAUCAAGGACAUGAAAAAAAACGCAACCAAAAAUAAAGACAAGUACAUUUUAAAAACACACGUCGAAGAAUACAUUGAAAAAAUCUUCACCAAAUGGGAAAGGCUAACAAAUAAAUUAUUCAUCCGAAACAAAAAGAAAAUGCUCCUAAAUGAUGUGUGCGCAUAUUUGGAUAGCCUCUACAUUGACGAUGAUAGGUACAUGAGCAAAGAAGAAUUUUUCCUUUUCUUCCAAGAAGUCGGUAUCGUUUUUGUGGAUUCUACAGUUUUCGACGAAUUGUGUUUGCUCUUUUUUGAUAAGGAGAGGAAAGAAAUUUAUUUUUCUGCCUUCUCCUCCCUCAUCAUUAAGAGAGGCGUUGAGGAGCUUAAAAAUACCGUGUACGGCUACGACAUUUUGCUGAGACUCUUUGGGUCCUUUCACCAAAAUGAGGUGACCAUAGAAUGGUUGGAAAAUGAAUUGGUAAAAAUUAACCCGCAGAAAAGGAACUACUAUUCGGAGAGGAUCAAAAGGCACUUCUCCUCCGAGGCGCUGAGGAAUUCGUCCGCUGAUCAGGGCACGGCCGAUCAAAAUUUGGGACGCUUCCUAGGAGAGGAAGAAAAUGUUUGCUCCUGCACUUCGCUGCUCUUUCUGCACUCUAUCAGAUUUAUGCUGACUAAGUUUAAUAAUAAUGAUUUUUCAAAUGAGGAUUUAUUUUUUCUGGUGAAGUACCUCUUGCAGACGCAGUGCAACUACUCGCGCACGGACGUGUGCGUCCUCGUGAAUGUUAUAAAAGGCAUCGAGUCGGUUAACUUGAGCUUCUUCCUGGCCCUCUACCAUAUGUAUGUGCAGCGGCACUCCUCGGGGGGGGAACAGGGAGAAGUGGAGGGGAAGCGCUCCCUCGUUGGAGACGGAAAGGAGGGCAGCGCAGACGAACGGUCUGGUAACAGCAUGGUCGUGUCUUCCCCCCGCGGGGGGGCCCAGGCAGGCGGUGCAUCUUGCCACGAAUAUGGGCGCGGCGAGGAGGGGGGGCAGGUAUCUCUCUCCAUGUCGAAGCAAAGUGACCAGGAGGAGGCACUCCUCACGGGGGGCCCCGAUAAGAGGAGUGAAAUUACUCAGGGGGGGUUCCCUAUCGAGGAGGAGAACACCCUCAGGGGGAAGUGCCAAACGGAUGGCCAAGCGGAUGGCCAAGCGGACGCCCAAAAGGAUGCCCCAAAUUAUGACGGUGCGAAGGAACCCCCCACUAGCAUAACGGAGACGCCAACGAAUCGCAGCUCGGUGAGCGGUUUAAAGGAGUCGAGGCGGAAGGGCCCGCCAGCUGGGCACACCACUGCAAGAAGAGCAUCCAAUGACGCACCCUCAAAUGUGAAGAGGCAUAAAAACAUGAGCAUAACAAACACAAGGCCCUUUUGCAACGCCACAGAUGAGAGGAAAGAUAGUAGCAGCAGGUUAAGGAAAGAUAUAAUGAAAGGCUUCAAAAAUGUAGUGAUCAUUCUACAUGGCAAAAUUAUGAGUGGGCUUUUAACCGUGCAGCACAUUUCGGAGUGUCUCUUUCGCUACUUUGGGAGAAGAAGGAGAAAGGAUCCAAAUGAACAGAAUGAUAAAGUCGAGUUGCUGAUGCUGUUUGAUCUGUUGGGUCUUUACACGUCGUAUGAGAUUGCCCAGAAGGUGCUCAAUUGGUACGCGAGGGAGGUAGCUCUAAACAGGGGAAGAGAUAACCAUCACGGGAUGGAAGCCACAACCUGGGGUGAGAACCCAUUUGAGGGACGCCGCCAUGGGAACCCCCCCCUGCUGCAGGACUUCACCGCCAUCAAUCACGAACAUAACAUAAAGAAGAUUAUCGAAAGGUACUGCCUCAACGAAGGAGUCGGGGGAAACAUCUUUUCAGGCAGCACUCUCGAGGAUUUUUUUUCUCUCCUGAAGGAAAAAGACAUAGGCAUAGACGCCUUCUCCAAAAGGAACAUUUUCACCUACAGCGAUUUCUACGCAACGGUUGAGAAGCUCCAUUUGGAUUUCUCCAGAAAUUACGUUCGCCUGUUGUUUUCAAAUUUGCUCACCUACGACUUGACCUCCUUCACCAGCGUAAACAGCAAGCUGAUUUUUUUCGACUGCAUGGAGGCCUACUGGCUGAGCUGGAACAGAGCCCACUUCGAGUUCCACGGGGGGGGGAAGCGCGCAGAGGCGUAUGCGGGGAAAUCUGCCGAGGCACACGCGGGGAAAUCUGCGGACGCACACGCGGGGCGGAGCGCGGGGACCCUCCUGGACAGCGUCAAGCAGAGGAGAAAGGAGCUCGCCAUUUUUAAGAAGGCAAACCAGGAGGGAAACCCCAACAGAGGAAGAGACACCCCCCACAAAAGCAGACUACUACUUGUGCGCGAAGAGUGGGCCACUUCCGUGGAGAAGAGCUUCCCAGUGAGGGACCCAACAUCGGGGGAGACCCACACGUUGACAAACCUCCCCCUGUACAGUUUAUUCUUCUACCUUUCCGAGAAUGGCACCCUAAGAGGAGAAGAACUAAUAAAGCAGUUCUUUUUUAUGAACAUGUUCAGGUGCGAAAUGAACUCUGUAAAUGUGGAUGACUACGCGAGUGAGAGUUACACCUUUUACGAUUUCUGGCAAAUGUGCAAAGAUAAAUGGGUGACUCAGGGAGAUUGUGGCGAGGAUGACUCCUUUAGGGAGGACCUUCUGAGGCUGAUAGUGCUCGUAAAUGGGGACCACCAUGGUGGUGAGGCGGCAAUCCGGAAGGGACACACUGAAAGGAUGCACCCCACGGGUGGACCCAAUAUAGCGAAAUCAACCUCGCCAAUGCAAACCCUACUGAAGGGGAAGACUCACCUAUUUUCGAAGAAUUUCAAAAAGAAUCUGGGCAUUUUGCGGCUGGCCGUGGAGAACCUGGGCAAGGGAAUCGCCAAUGUUUCUCACUCCCCCCUGGGGCCCUGCCUAGGAAGAAGUCGCAGCGCAGUAAGCCAGAGUGCCAUCAGCUUUAACGCCAACUGGAAUAGAAGCGGCAGCUAUGAUGCUUCUUUGGGGAGACGAACGGGGAGCACACACACAGGGGAGGCACCACUUGAAGAGUUUCUCAAAAGGAAUAAACACGUCGUAGGGUACAUCCGGGAAUUCUUUUACCUUUUCGUUUUUUGUUGCAAAGUGGCGAACAACGAGUCGGUGGAUUUGUCCUUUCACGAGCAGGAGUGGGUCUUCUACCGGGGGAAACUGAAGGCUCACUACUCACAGGGGGGGGAGAACAAACACACGAAUGCACCUGCUGAUGGUGCAAAGAGGAGACAGAAGGAUAGGUGUAGCCACUCCCCAUUUCUCUAUAAGGAAGUGCGCAUCUGCUGCGAGGAGAAGAAAUUUACGAGCCAAGAGUACAAGGGGGCGGUGUAUCCCUACCUCCUUCUACUUAGCGACUUGCUAAAAAGGAUUGUUCACAUAUAUAAGGAGGGACAUGCUGCUUAUAUGUCUAAACGGUUUGUUCUUAAUUACGAGGAGAAAAAUGCGAGGAUAACUUUCCUGCACCGAGUGGAAAAUAUUAUGACCAGGUCAGGCAGUUUUGACUCCAAAGAGUGGAACAAACUGUACAGCAUAUUUGAAGCGCUGAACAUCCGAGUUAGUGAGUUCCUUCUAAAUCUGUGGAGCUGUCUAGAGGUGAAUAAUUACAUUGUGAAACUCCCCAAUGGAGUUACCCUUUUCAACGAUUGUUAUAAUACCAUGUGGGAUUUGAUGAGGCCCAAGGGGAGUAGCCGUUCUUCCCUUUGGGGAGAUUUCCCCUCAGGUAGGAAGAGGAACUCUCCAGGGAAGAGUAGUACCCCCCAGGGGAGGAACAAAACUGACCAUCUUUCUGACGAAUGGAAGGAACUGUACGUAAAGAAUGUCAAAUAUGGGAUGGCCUUCAACAAGCUGGUGCUGUCCGAUGUACGGGGGGUCAAUCUGAGGAGCCUACUUCACAGCAAGUACAUCACACAGGAUGAGACCUUCACAACGCACAUGACGAAUCUGUACGUGAGGGCAUUAUUUAAUGAGUGCAUUUUGACAGGGCUGAACAUCAACCGAUUGUUCGCACAUAUUGAUAAGAAAGACUCCUUCAUUUAUGUUCUCUCCAAAAAUUUUAAUCAUAUUUUUUCCGAAGAGGACAUUGCAUUAUUUGUGAAGAAGUACUCCUUUGUAGUCGAUAUGACUUCUCUCCAUUUGAGAGAUUCCUGCCACAAUUUUUUUUCGACGAAAAAUUUUUUACAUGACCUGUACAGGCAAGGUGAAUACUACAAUGCGGAGUUGAGGGGAAAGCUGUUCAGAUUUUUUUUUAAAAAUGAAAAGGUAUUUUUUUGCAAACAUCACCAGUGUAUUAUGCACACCAAUUUCGAACCGAUGGAUAAGCACCACUUCUUCAUAUCGUGUGAUAAGCUCAAGAACAUUUUGUCCCUGCACGGUUUGUUUCUUUCCUGGGCUGAGCUGUACGACUUUUUCCAGCCGCUCAACAAAUUUUGCGUCAUUUAUGACUCCAGGAAGUUUGAGCUGCACGAGGUGGGCAAGCCGGGCCCCUACAUCUUGAAGGCCUACAUCAACCUGCCCAAUUUGCUGCGCCUCGCGGGGGAGGCGGCGGCACGGGGGGGAGCGGCACACGGGGGGGGGGAGGACUGCACACCCCAAGAUAACCGCAAAAGAGAAGACGUAGAAAGGUCAGCAUCAAAAAAUUGUUUUCACAAAAAAGACAGCUACGCGGAAGAGAUGCCCGAAGGUGAACUCCACUCGGGGAUAUCACCGCUUAGGAAAGAACCACUCGGGAAAGGGGCAACCCCAAGAGGGGAAGAAAUCGCAAAGGAGGAAGAACAAAAAAAAUCACUCCCCCUUGACAGCGAAGCGGUGUACAAAGGUGUAGCAAAAACGAAAGAGCCCCCCAGGACCUACUUCUACCACUUCCGUUUUAACAACCUAACCAUGGGAAGAAUUUUAUUUUUUUUUUUCAUCAAGCUAGCCAAUUUGAAAUCUAAAAGUGACCUCACACAUGGGCAGAUGUAUUACGGGAUCAAACGAGCAGGGAAAAAAGACAUUGUAAAGAAGGAGCUGAAAAAUGCCUGCCAUCUGUUGCUCAAUUUGGAAGAAAAAAUGUUAAAUUCCAUCAUACCGGAUGACUUUGUUUUGAAAAAAGAAGCGUUUCGAAAUGGGGUUCAUUUGAAUUUAUUUCUCCUCAGAGAUAGACUAGACAUCCUAUUCGGAGAGGAUAACUCCUCACCAAUUCAUGUGCAUCAAUUUGUUCACUUUUUCGACGCGGAGAAAGAUGCGGUCUCCUUUUCCAACUACAAAUUUGUGUACAACUUUUCCUACGAGUGGGUAAAUCGCAUGCGUAUGAAGGAUGAGUAUGUCAGUAGGGAGUGCUGUGAGGCGUUGCUGGCGGAGUUCCGCCUGCCCGACGUGGCGGAUGAUAGCGAUGGGGAGGAGGAAGAACCCACUGCCAACGUGACAGAGCUGCGAGACGCGUCUGAGGAGGAAUCCGAUGUGAAGAAAAAAAAAGAAAAUUUUCAAAACGGAGUGGAGGAUGAGAAGCUUGUGUGGUGUACCUCCCCGGUGAGGAAUGCCACUCCUCCUGCCGCAUUAAAGGACAUUCGAGAGGACCCCCCCGGGAGGGACCCCCUUUGGAAAGACGAACUUGUGAAGAGAUUCGGAAGGAACAUAAAAGGAAAGUGGAAGAAAAUCCUCAUGCCGAUUUUUCACCGCAAGGAGUUCUAUGCGCAUCGAUUUAGGAUUGUAAUAAAGGAGUUUACGGGGAUGAAAAAGUUUCUGCGCAAAGUGGAAAGGGAAAAGUGUCGAGGGGGGGAUCCCAACGUGGCUAAUAAAUUGACCCAGCCGAACGGGGCGAACAGGCCAAAUCGUUCUAAUCAUUCUAAUCAUUCUAAUCAGCCGAGCGCCCCCAUCUCGCUGAGCUACUUCUGCUGCUUCUCCAUGAAAGAAAUUGUGCUGGAAAACCUCUGCACAGGGAGUGCUACGCCCCUUGGAGGGGAAGCAAAAAGAGGCGGCGAUACCCUGCACGUGAAUUACCUCUUCGAGCACACCUUCUCGACCGUAAGGGAAAAAGACAUAAUUACGCUCUUCGAACAUAAUCAGAAAAUCUUCAAAUUGAAACUGCUUCACGAGGGAAGCAUCAUAGCCGAGGCAGAUCUGCACAUUCUGGAGAUGCUUUCCAUCAUGAGGAAUGAGGAAAAGAAGAGCCACAAGAUUUUUUGUUUCAUUCCAACCGAUGCGGAUAAUAAGAACAUUCUCUUUUUAGAUGUAGACAUGUAUUAUGAGCGGACGAAAAUGGGUUCGGGUGAUCCCAUAUUUGACACUAGCCAUAGAGUGGUUGGCCCCAACUUCUGCGUUGAGCAGCUGGCCGAAGAGAGCUCCCAUCAGGCCCCUCACCAGGUGGACUUGGCAAAAUUCAAUUCGUCCAUCGUGUCUGCAUCUGAAAAAAGAGGUUCUAAUAAGGAGAAAUUGAUAAAAAGAACCCAAUUUGGAGGCGGCCUCGGUUGGUGCGGUGGCAAAUCGGCUCACCCCACACAUGGGGAAGAUGACACCACAUCGCUGCACCGAAGGACAAAUUGUACCCUCGUUGACGGCCGGCAGGGAAGAGACGCAUUUGACCGAUUGGACCGAGUGGACGGAUUGACGGCCUCGCCUGUGGUGCGCCCACGGAUUACAAAUGGGACCACCCAAGUGAACCGCGCGUGCAGCGGCGAAUACGUCUGGUUGAGAGAUGGCAGGGAGGGAGGAACUGCCAGGCGUGGUGGCGACGCAGAUGAGGGGGACGCUCAGACCAACUGCGCCGCGCCAAAGGCGAUCACCCUGGCUGAUGGGAUACUGGAGGGACACGCCUGCAGGGAAAACCCCAAGAGGAAGCACAUCAGCGGGGCCCAGUACCAAAUCAGAGACAAGGAGAGAAAUAUGAACCGAUGUAAACCCCCCACCAGCUACAUCUGCCUAACCGUUAAGGGGGUAAUCCUGCCCGCGUGGUUGAUUAGAAAAAUGAUUAACAGACUGAGUGGGAAAGGAGAUGCGGGCCAGCGGGGGGACGACGUGUUUGUAGCUGUGUACGUGGAGGUGCAUCAGAGGAUGGGCCCCCCCGCUGGGGGCGGCAGUGAUGGCAGUAGAGGUAGCGGCGGCAGCGGCGAGGGGACGUACGAGCUGCUCUCCAGGUCCAUCCCGCAAAUGGUCAGCGAUGAAAGUUUGGAAAGUGCGGGCGAAGAGGGGGUCGUCACAAACGGUGCGUCAGCUGACGGAGGGAAGGCAGAAGGAUAUGGGGGAAACCACCAAGGAGUGGUAAAUCCCGGUGAGCAGACGCACCCCCCCAGGGAAGAAUCACAAAAGGAAAGCAUGCAACUACUGAAGGAGGAGGAGACAAAAAGACAGGAAGGAAACCACUGGUCAGGAAAACAGUUAAGCAUACACAACUUGAAGAUAAAUCAUAGGGAAGCUAUCAAAUCGGGGGGCAACCCACACGUGGAGGGGAAGAUAACUGUAAAGGCUCUCAUUUCGCUGAACCACCUUUGUGAAGACGUCACGAUUGGGGAGCACUUGUUUAAGAUAAAAAAUAUUUUGCACGAAAAUGAGGAUGUUGUGUUUUGCUGGGAGAGUCUGUUUCAUGGUGUAUAUGGGGAGAAGGCACUUUUUCAGAAGGAGGUGGAGGAGGAGGUGAGGAAGAUGCUUCUAGACAGCUCAGAUGUACAGAUGGGUUCUACUGAACGGGUUCUAAUGAGAAGUAACCCCCAAAUGGUGAGACAUCCCGAGGAGGAGGUUGAAAAGCUGGCAAUUGUGCCACAUGUAGAGGGCGACAAAAGGGGGGAUGAAACGGUCAUGGGGAGGAAAUGCUCCAUAGAAAAAAAGAAAAAAGAAAAUUCCAUCGUACACUUCAAUAGUGGCAGAGGCGGAGGAGCCCCCCGAGCGAAACAACUCAUCGGCUACGUCUCACUCGAAUGCGAAAUGAAAAGGACAGAAGACGAAAGGAAUUGCAAAAAGAGAGACCAUUUUGAGAUACCCAAUUUUGUGAAAAUAUAUUUUCUAAAAAAAAACAAAAAUAAUGAUUACCUAGUGAAAGAAAAAAAUGACAUGUUCGGAAAGACAACGUUAGAAAAAUUAUUUGGGGAGGUGUUGAGGAGAGUCAGCUACAGGAAGUACGUGCAGGUGGAUGCUCUCGUAGAUGCCCUGAGCGAUUCUAUUUACGCCAAUUAUGUAGACUACGUUAUCCGAUUGUAUAGGCACUACGUCGGUGCAGACACGUCUCUUUUCUUUCCUGUGGAGAGUAUAUUACUCAUUUUGGCUUUAAGAAAACUGUCCUCUCAUUUUUCCAACGUGAUGAUGCAUUUGUUUCGAGAGGUCCAUCAGUGUAGCGGAGGCGUCAACUGCUUGGGCGUGAUCGAGUGGUCUCACUUCGUCAAGUGUAUGCUCAAGGCCCAGUGUGGGUCCUCCAAAGGGGGAGGCAUAACAGUAGGGAGAAGCGUUAGAAGUGUUAAGCGCGAAAGGAUUGGAGGAGCAGCCAAUCAGGGGAAGCCCCCUCAUCAACUCUAUCAUAAAAGCCGCAAACGAGAAGGGAAGAAGACGAACAUGUUUGCCUCAACGUCAUCUUGGGGGUCCUCCUUCUCCGCUUUCACCCAGGGAGAGACAGAAGAUGGCACUUCUUCUACUGCCUCCUCCUCAGCAGAGCGACACCGGGAAGGAGAAGCGCCUCUACGAGGGACGCACAGGGUGAAGGGAGUGAACCCCCUCAGUCAGAGAGACUGGUGUUUGCUGAAUCACUGGGAAAGGUGGCACCUUCACAAAAACGGCAAGAGUUGUUUCUUCCUCUUGUUGUUCCUAAAUGAUAUGACCAUUUUUUACAGAGAAAAAAAGCGCGCAGGGAGGAGCGAUCAGCUAGACAUGUUAACCCACACGUGUGGUCAUGCGCAGGUGAAGGGCAAGGAGUGUCCCCUUCAUAGGUCCCACCAUUUGAGCGGACCUGCAAUUGCAAGUGGUUUAUCGAGGAGGUGUAAACUCCCCAACGGGGUGGUGUGCGCAGACAGAGGCCGUUCGGGAGAGCGGUCUCGCCAGCGGGGUGAGCAUCAGAAUAAGCAGCUUCUUAAGCACCCGCAUUCACUGAAAACGUGCAGCCGUAGGGGGAACCAUCUCGAGUCCCUCGAUCGACACUCACACAGAAGAAGAGCCACCCUGAGCAAACACCCCAGUAGGGAUGCUGCCCCCGGAGAGACGUACACAAGGAGCACAAGUGCCGCCGAUCCGUUUGCACGUGAGCGAAAGGGUAAAAAGAGGACCUCCAUAUAUCAUUACAGGCAGUUAAGAGGUGAAUCGAAGGUCACUCCAUUGAGUGAUUCAACUGAUGAGGAAUGCACAAAUGGAGUUAACUCAUUUACGGUGCUAGGUAGGAACCUCUACAGGGACAGGGAGCGCCAACCGCACGAGUUACAUUUCGUCAGAGGUGGGAACGAAGACGGGGUUAUGCAAAUAAACAGAAGGAACCUAACAGAGGAUAACUCUCCUCCCCCUUACAGACUUUACGUCAAGGUGAAGAGACUACUCAACGCGGUGACGCUAGUCAAGCAAAGGAUGGCCAUGUCGUUUCAAGUUGUGCUGAGCAAUUACGGCUGCAUCCAAUCGGGGCAUAUGCUCCCCUAUUUUGAGAGUCCCCAAGAUGGCUACGUCAUAAAUAAAAUUCAGGCGAUAAGCAGGCCCCUUUUGAAUGACCCCCAUUUGAGCAUCAACACGGCAGUUGUGUUGGCCCUUCCAAGCAGAGCGGAAAUGAACAGAAUUGCCAGCGCGAUGCAUGCAGAGGAGGAGAGCCUUCCGGACCUUCUCAAGGCGAACGCGAAAGGGGAGCCAUCUUACGGCCUCUUGAAAAUGUGCCUGCAGAACUUGUCCCUGCAGAUAUGUUUUUAUGACGUCCCAUUUUGGAGCGACUCCCUGUCGGAGGAGUCACAGGCCGAUGGCGAAGCCCGUGGGGGUAGCCUCUACCCGCAGGGGCAACACUGGGGGGUGGCGAGCAAGAGGAGAAUCCAGAGGAGGAGCAAGAGGAAGGGGAAAACGCUCGUUGCCAGCACGUUCAUUCCGCUAUCUAUCCUUUUGAAAAAGCACAAGACCAAGGUUAGGGCGCCCCUCGUCAGCUCCCCAUUCUGCACCAACCGAGGGGGGCGAAGCGACAUGGAGGUGGAAAUUCUCCUCAAGUACGAUCGGGUGGAAGGAGGCGGGGUGCAAGAAAAAGGGGCCACACGGAGGGGUGGGCAAAACGGCGUUCAUAAAAAGGGGCACAUCAAUAGGCACACCAGUGGUCAGACACAUGGGCAGAGGAAAUCCACCCAGGUGCGCCCCACGCAGGGGCACGCCAUGUUGCUCAAGUCUAAGGCGGAGACGUGCGCGCACAGGCAUGCCCAUGGGAAGGAUGGCCCACCUGCGUACGGCAUCGUGGCUGGCGGGCUAAAUAUCCACUCGUCCGCAGACACCCAAUCGGGGCUCCGCCUAAGUGACGACUUUGAUCUGGCGGGGAGACACGACUCGGUUGACUUCUCCAAUAUUCCCCUGCUGACCCUUCCCAAAAUCCCCCCGCCCGUAUCGUAG